AUGGCGUCAACCAUUGACACCUCAGUUAUCCCUGGUACCGUCACUCUGGUAGACGUUAAUCAUGACUUGGAAGCUCGGCAUGCGGAUCAAGGAGAUGGCGAUAUUGUGCUGAUCCCUACACCCUCAAAUGACCCAGAUGACCCUCUCAAUUGGAGUCCGAGACGGAAACUCCUAUCGACAAUUUGUGUGAGUAUCUAUACCGGGUUCGGAGGAAUUGCUUGCUCGGUGGUUUAUUCAGUUCUUACACCGCUCUCCGAACAAACGGGAUUACCCAUCAGUACUCUUAACCAGGGAACUGGGUUUAUGUUCUUGUUGGCAGGUUGGGGCUUGCUCUUCUGGCAACCCUUUGCUAUGCAAUAUGGCAAGCGGCCGACUUACUUGUUAUCUAUGAUGGGAAUUUUGGCUAUGACUAUGUGGGGACCAUACGCACAAACCAAAGGUCAAUGGCUCGCACGAUGCAUUCUAUUAGGCUUUUUCACAGCGCCCGUGGAGGCUCUCCCUCAAAUCUCCGUCACGGAUGUGUACUUCACCCACCAGCGAGGAAAAUACAUGGGUCUUUACACAUUUUGUCUAGCAGGAAGUAAUUACGUCGCGCCCGUCAUCUGUGGCUUCAUCGCCCAGUACCACGGCUGGCGGUGGGUGUUUUACUACCCGAGUAUCUUUGUCGGCUGUGCGACUGUCUUCCUUUUCUUCUUCUGUGAGGAAACCACCUAUGAUCGAGUGGGCGUUGAGCCUAGCAAUUUUGCACCUACGGAGUCGUCAAAACUCAGCUCAGAGGAUGAGAAGAAAUCCACAGUUGACGCCGAAGCUACUGAGACCGGUACAGUUCACACUAAGAAGACAUAUAUAAAUAAAUUGGCGCUUUGGAGUCCGAAAAAGAAGACCAAUACGAUGUUCCGGAGAUUCUGGCAGUCUCUUUACUUCCUCUCGUGGCCGGUCAUCUUCUACGCUGGCUUCUCCUAUGGAUCAUACCUGGUUUACUUUAACAUUAUGAAUGGAACGACCUCAAUCAUUCUUGGCGGAGCUCCGUAUAACUUUAGAUCCUCGAUGGUCGGUCUGUGUUAUUUAGCUCCCAUCACCGGUGUGGUGAUAGGAUCUCUCUUCACCGGCCGAUUCAGUGACUGGCUCACCGUCAAACUGGCCCGCCGAAACGGCGGUGUCAUGGAGGCAGAGCACCGUCUAUGGCCUUUCAUCGUUUGCUUCGUAGUUGUGCCUUGUUCCCUCAUUCUAUGGGGUGUCGGCGCAGCUCACGAGAUCCACUGGUUUGGACUCCUCGUGGCUAUCUCCAUGCUUGGUUUCAGCAAUGCCUGUGGCAUUACGCUGAGCGUCAAUUACUUUAUUGACAGCUACCGAGAACUGAGCAGUGUUGCUCUGGUUAGUGUGAUGCUGAUCCGGAAUACCAUGUCUUUCGCUAUUAGCUUUGGUAUCACGCCUUGGAUCAAAGACUUGGGGUACCAGAAGUGCUUUAUCUCUGCUGCUUUUGUCGGCAUGGCGUGCGCUUCCGUGUUCCUCUUCAUGAUCAAAUUUGGAAAAACCUUCCGCGAACGAUCUCGCGAGAAGUACUGGAAGCUGGUCCAGGAGAAUCGGGAGAGUGGAAUGCUCAAUUAG